AUGGAUGCAGCAAUACCCUCAAAAAGGUCCAAGUCCACGGUACAUGCUUCAUCACGACCGAACAAGACUUUGAAUUUGAAGACCGCAUCACAUCGGCCACCGCAGCAUGUCAACAAGCCUUCAUCCUGUGAGCACUCUGAUACAGAGGAUCCCGGAUUUGCUCAGUUCCUCCAAGAUCAUUCUUCUCCGCGGCAUCAAAGAGUCACUGCUGGGGGUAAAAUUGUCCCGAUGAAGCCCAAUGAGAAAAGAUCCCAUCCUGGAGAGCUGCCUGCGACCGAGGGACUUGCUCCUCCGCUCGAAAUGCCCAAUAUGGUGCAGUCCCUUUCUCAAAUGCGGCAGGUAUCUAUGCAGCGACAAGCCGAAGAAGUGCUAAAUGAGAUGUCAGCUCAACUUCAUGCAUUUCAGCCAAGUCAUAAUUCUACCCAAACUCCUCUACAUCCUCAAGGCGAGCCCUAUAGCCUAGCACCGGCAAUAAAUACUUAUGAAACCUUUCCAUGCUCCAGACCGAUUUUGAACUGCAUUCCCGAGGAAGCGCCAUUUGGAACGGUUCCCAACGGGCCGCUCUAUAUGGGCUGUGGUCCUAUCCCAGACUUUGGCCAGACCAUCUCUCAUCAAGCUUCGCAAUCAUUGCCCAUGCAAAUGCCACUCCAGCUCAUCAGCACAUUUUGGCCUGAAACAACAUCAACGGUCUUCAAUGAGCUAUAUUCUUAUAUUUCGCAGUCUGCUCCCCCUGUAGGGGCUAUUAUGCCAGAUAUGUACGAUGGAGAGGCUGAGGCGCUCAUGAUCAGCUCGAGCAUCACAGCAGCCCUUCAGCAGUCAAUCAGUGGGGCUCCAAUUGGCCUCUGGAACUGGAUGGGCCUUAUCACGAAUGUAGUCGAACACUCGAUGGGCGACAUGGAGCGUUUAUUCCAGGCUUAUUAUAUUUUGACAGUACACCGUGCGAACAUUCAACAGAUGAUAAUCAACACCAGUGUGAACAUUGCUUGGACUCAGGUUACGCAUCCCUUUCAGCGAGACUAUCGUGUGAUGUAUAUCAAUAUGCGAGACAUGGUGGACAGAGCCCUUCAGAUUAUUGAGUUCCUCAUCGAAGACUCGCGGAAUGAAGCUGCUAAUCAAAAUAUUGCGGCAAGCGGAUCUACGCAAGAUUCAUGUUAUGAAAACAAAUUCCAUCUUCAAAGUCAUGAAAAACGGCAGGAGGAAAACAAGGAGCCGUGCAUGAAUGGGGGUACCAACGCUAUCGCUUCUAGUUCCUCCAGUUUGACUUCAAAUGAGGUGGCGCAUAGGCUCCGUCGCCCUCGGAUGAUUGACCCGUACACUCCCAGAUUACUCUCUCGAACGAGCCAGCCUAAUCAGUUGGAUGGCGCAUGCUCCGAUAUGGGGACCCGACAUGUGGAGGAUGACGAACUUUGGCCCAAUGUAUAUCCUCAGAAUGGAUGCAAAACCCAACAUAACACAAUCGCUUCAGUUCCGGAAUAUCUACACAAAUUGCGUGACGAUGAGAGUGAUAACACCAAGGCUAGUAAAAAUCAUGUCGACGAGGGUACUUCAGCGCUCGAUACACUUUUUCGUCGUGAUUGUGACGAGCAGCAAAAGAAGAACGAUUCUCAUCACAGUGUGGAUCGAGAUUUGGAUAACGCAACUCUUCUGUCUAAUAUAUCCGGCAAUUCGCUUCAUGUUAGUGAUAUAAAGUUCACUAAUAAAGAACGUGGCAACUUUGAGGACAUCCUCACCAGUUCCCGUGAGUCCAGUGUGGAAGUUGAGGCGCAAUCAAUUCUACAUACUGAUGUGCAGUCUAUCUUUUGGGAACUUAACUUGUCCAAGCACAGUGUUGCCAGUCUGCAGGAUCCAGAGCCUUACGGUUCAGAGAUUGAGAUAGGAGAAGGGAGCUUGGGUGAAUCGGCAAUUGACAUUGAUCAAAUAGAUAUUCUGGCUCAAGCGGGUCAGUUGGAAUACGAAACGGAUACAACAGCGAGAAGUGUGACCUCAGACGACUGGUCAAUUUGUGUCAAUUCAACGAAGUAUCCCACCCAUUCCCAUAAGUCGAAGCCUACUAGCGAUGCCACAACAGUGAGCAGGUCGUCCAUCUGCCCUAAUCAACUUAAAUCCCAUGAACGGCUAUCCGUGGCCACCACUUUCGAUCUCAAUAAUAGGUAA